AAACGAUCUUGGCUAUCUUUAUAUGUUAGAGAGCACAUUCUGCCUCGUCAGUCACAUUUCAAAGUAGCUUCGGUCAGGAUCGUUUACUUCUCCCUUAAUUAAUACAGCUCUUGAAAUGACGAGUGUGAACCAGCAAGAUGCAGAAUCGAAGCCAUCCCGAAAAUCCAUAAGUAAUAGUCAUGAAUAUGAAGAAGUUCUUGAAUUAAUCGGAUUUGGACGUGUGCAGUGGAUAAUUCUGUUUGCAUCAGGACUUUUACUAAUGAUGGUCAUAAACGAGACAAUGGGUAUGUCAUACAUAACGAUUGUAUCCCAGUGCGAUUUUGAAACGAAUUCAGUGUACAAGGCCAUAAUGAGUGCUGCCAGUUUUAUCGGAAUUUUCAGUUCUUCAUAUUUCUGGGGUUAUCUAAGUGAUGCCAUUGGACGUAAGCCAGUUCUAAUAUAUACGACAUUGUGCGGAAAUUUAUUGUCCCUAAUAUCAAUCAUUAUUCCGAAUUUCUGGAUUUAUGUGGUGGCACGAUUUUUGGUUGGAUUCUUUAUAGCAGGUGCUUCUUCCACGACAUACGCAUAUCUUGGGGAGUUUUUCAUACCGCGUCAUCGACCGAUAGUUAUAAACUAUGCAAGCUUAUUUGUCGGCAUUUCUACAAUUUAUGUGCCAGCGAUUGCGUGGUUUGUUAUGGGUAUGGAUUGGAGUCUGGAUGUGACUGAAAGCUUUACGUUCCGUCCCUGGCGUUUGCUUACAGUAUUUUAUUUUGUUCCUGGACUGAUCGGAACAAUAAUGCUGAUUAAAAUGCCAGAAAGCCCAAAGAUUUUGCUAUCUAUGGGUAGAACCGAUGAGGCGUACGCCGCCGUAGAGUGGAUCGCCUUAAAAAAUAUUGGCAAACAUCUCCAUGAUCUGAAAGUUGAGGCACUCAAAUGUGAUGCAUUUGCAGACAGAGAAAGCAUACUUAGUGUAUCCAAAUCACCGACGGUGAGCUUCAGAAAAAUGUGGGCACAAACUGCACCAUUGCUUAAAAGGCCACAUUUGAAGAACUUCUGCAUAAGCUGCAUAGUUAUGUGUGGUCUUUUUUUCAGCUCGUCGGGCAUGGGCUUGUGGUAUCCAGAAAUACUCAAUCGCUUGGGAUCAUCCGUUUCUGAAGACGCAAUGACCGUUUGUGAUGUGAUCGAGGCUUCAGUUGAUCAGUGGCAAGUUAACAUAACGACAGAUAUUUGCAAUGAUCAAAUCAAUACAAAGAGCUAUAUCGACACGAUUACAUACGGAUCAGCUUUAAUUACAGGCUAUAUUGUAAUGGGCUUUGUUAUCAAUCAAAUCGGGCGUAAGGCAUCCAUCACAGUGGGCUUAGCCAUAGCUGCUGGGUGCGCUUUGUCGUUAGUAUGGAUAAAAAAUGAAGCAGUCAUUAUAGUCUGCUUUUGCUUGUACCUGGUACUACCGGGCCUGUGUGUAUCAGUACUAAGCGGAGUCGUGGUGGAUCUCGUCCCUACGAAUCUGAGAGGCAAGGCAGUUUGCAUCUGUCUCAUGCUGGGGCGUACGGGCAGUGUGUUUGGCAGCAACAUCAUUGGGAUACUUCUCGAAUCGUACUGCCACAUUACAUUUGGAUUAUUUUCUGGAUUUGUUUUGUGUGAGUUCAAGCAAACAAUUAAAUCAUGCAUAAGUGUUGAAUUCAUGCCCAAAUGUUGA